UCGGAGUUCAAUAUAUAUCUUUGGUCUUUAAGUUUAUUUUUAAUUUAAUUAUACUCAUCGUAUUUUAUAUCGACAUUUCUUCGUAUAAGAAAUAUUUUCGUUUUUUGUCUUCUCUUUUUUAUUAAUGAAAAGUGAGACCAAAGAUUGUUUUAUUAAAACGUAUUUCGAAUUUGCCUGUAAUUAUAGGUUAGAAACAUAUUGUAUGCUAUGGUUUUUACGAAUGCGCGCGUAACUAGAUCAAUUUUUUAAGAAUAAAACAUGAAUUUCAAUGAAAGUAAUAAUAUUCAAGGCACACUGCCACAAUUUUCUGAAAUAACAUUAAGAAUGGAUCCAUUUCUUAAUGAUCUUAAUCAAUUCAACAUAAGUAGCAGUGCUAUUGAAUUAUCGAUGGCUCAACAUAGUCCUGUUUACAGUGUGGCUACUGGAUUGAAUCAAAACAAGCAGCAGAUUAUUGUUAAUUCACCGAACAAAUAUCCUGGAUCUCUGUUAACUUUGACCGAAUCUAGUCCAAUUAUGCAGCUAUACGAGAAACAGUGUGCCCUUAACAUUCCUAAUUACAAUCAGAGCAAUGCCUCUUUAAUUAAUGUCCAAUCGAAUUCUAUACCAAUGAGGAUUAUACCUAAUGUGUACUUACCUUCUAUGUCGCAAAUAGAUACUUCCAAGGAAGAGAAUAAGACUGAUAAUGAAGUAAUCAUUUCUGAAGAUUUUCAGCAAGUUUUUCAAUUACAAGGUUCUAAUAUGGCGGAAUAUAUUCAGAAAAUACAAGCAUCUAGCAUUGCCAAUAUGCCAUUAAUUAAUUUACAAAUAAUGAAGUUACAAAACGAACAACCUAAGGAAGAGAAAACGGAGCCUAUUCAAAACAAUAUUCUAAACAUUCCUAGUGUACCAGGAUUUAGAAAUGCUCAAACACAAAAUGGUAAUCAUUUUGUAAACUCAGAACAAAUAGAUGCAUCAUUGAAUCAUAAUGAUUUUAACGUUAAUUUGAUAUCGAAUCAAGAAGUUUGUGAAAGUAACACGCAAGUUAUGAAAGUAGAACAACAAGUACAAACUGAUCCACCCAAGAACCAAAAAGUAAUGAAAUUUAGAGCUAAACUUAAAGAAUUCAAAAUAACCGUUGGUUUAGAUGGUUCCAAAAUAUAUUCAUGUCCUGAUUGCAAUGAAAUUUUUCAUGAAGUGUCACAGGUAAAACAACACAGACAAGUUCAUAUGCAAGAACGAAAAUAUCAAUGUGGGUUAUGCGAUGCAAUGUUGAAGAGGAAAGAACAUUUGGAUCAACACAUGCGUGGUCAUUCAAACAAAAGGCCUUUUAAGUGUUCCUUGUGCGAAAAAGCUUUUAAAAGGAAUGAACAUUUGAGAAGACACAACGUUAUUCAUUCAGGUAAUAAAAAUUUUAUAUGCGUUAUAUGUCAAAAGGCCUUUGCACGAAAAGAUCAUUUGCAUAAACAUACUCAAACGCAUUUAGCUACGAAAAAGGGUAAAAGUAAGAAGGAUGUAUUUGAUACUGAAGCAAAAGAAAUCUGUGACAAAACUGUCGAAGUUUUGUCAAUGCCUAAACAACAAGAAAUCAAUUUUCUUAUGAAAGACAGUUCAAAUUUACUUCAACACAUUCAACAUUUACAAAAGGAUCAAUUGUUAUUCACUGGUUCUUCUUUGUCAAUUACGGAAGAAGCUCUGAGAGAUAUUAUGGCUCAACAGCCAUUUGCAAAUAUAAGUGAAAAUAUAAGCUACGUAACACCUUCUUAGUUGUAAACGUAAUUAAUAUAGAUAACAUCAUCGUAAACAAUAAAUUGCUUAGAAAGGUUACGUGUUGAAAUCAACACAAUUUAAUUGGCAAUGGGAUCUUCUCUGAAUCAAAUUCAUAUUUAAUAUACUUUUUCAAUUUCAUAAAUAUGGUGAUAGUAAAUAUUAAGAUAAUAAUAAUGCAAAGAUAUUUUCUUGCAAUUUUUUAAAUUUAGACGUAAAUAUUAUGCCAAUUAUAAAGGGAUUUAUUAUUUUUAACGAAUAUAUUUACUAAAUCGUGAUCUUGUUUUUMAA